UGCAGCAUCUUUAUAUAAUCUAUCCUUUAAGCCUUUUCGAUUCAAGAAUAUUCAAGCGCAGGUCCGAUCAAUAAUCUCCGGAGAAUAUUUGAGCAAUAAAGCAACCGAAGGAAAUCUCCAGCGAUUUAGCCACACCACCCCCACUCCAUUUCCCUCCCACGGAAGUUGAACCAGACUCCAUCCUCGGCAGCUUCAGGGCUUUCAGUUAUUUCCCCUUCUCUAUCUCCACCGCAGAUUGAUUGUGGGUUUGGUGCUGCACGGCUUGUGGGAGUUGUUGGAGUUCUGAGUUGCCGACCAGUGGUAAGCACCUUCUCCUUCUCUGCUUCUCACGGACACACCCACGUUCACUUCAAGUUAUAAAUCAGAUGCCCCAUCCUUUUCAUUCCCGGUAUUAGACAAAUCAUAUAAGCUUCCUAAUUGAACUAUAGUUUUAAAAUGGGAACUUGAAUGUAAAAUGGAACCAAUAUUCCAUUUUGAAACCUUCAAUUGCAGUUCAAUUUCUGAUGCAAAUGGAGCCCGACCUGCCAAAUAAUAUAUAACUGGCUUUAGUGAUUUUAAAUUUAGCAAAUCUGGGAUGAGUAAUUGUAUUUAGUUAUCUGAUUGGGCUCACUAUGGAAAAUUAAUUAAUCCAUAGUGAUAAAGAGGAGGUGGGAUUUGGGGCUCAUGAGGUUGGCCCUACUGAUAAUCUCUUUAAUCUCAAGCCACUAAUAGCUUUGGUUGUUUGCAUGAAUAUUAAUCGUUUGUGCAUGAUGCAGUAGUGAGUGCAAAGGAAAAAGGCAGUUAGAACUAAUGGAUUAGUUGGCUGUUACUUGUCUUACCUUUUUAUCCUAUGCACGUCUGAUAAGAUUAAUAAUACUUUAGGCUACAUGUAAAAAGGUUGAACAGUGAGUUCUCACUUUUGAAAAGAAGAACUCACUUUUAUUAUAUUACAAUCUUUUAGUUAGGUAUAACUAGUUAGUGUGAAAAUAACAUUCAUGUCUUUUGCCUAUCAUUCGAUUAUUUAUUUAUAUCAUUAGUACGUUUGGCAUUCAAGAAUAAUUUUAAUUUAUAACAGGUUGAACAAUGAUUUCCACUUUGAAAAGGAUCAAGAAAUGCUGUUAAGAGAUCAAGUCUUAGGUCUAGAAAGAGAUUUUAUAAAAGUGAAUAUAUAAACUGGCAUGAUAACUUAAUGUGAAACGUUACAUCAUCUAUUUUAUAAUAAAAAGUGUUGGUCUAUAAUCUGACGCCUCACAUCAAACGACGUCAUGUCGUUAUUCCCAAGUUUAUUACUGCAAGAUCUCUUUAUAGAUCAAACAUUUCUCGUUAAGUUAUCAUCUUUUAGCUAGGUAAUUGUUUGAUCUUGAUAGUAUAGAGAUAUGAGUAUUUAAGAAUAGAGAUACCUUGCCAGUUGCCAAGAUUACCUUUUUUUUUUCUUUUCUUUUUUUCUGAUUUAAUCUCUUUUCAUGCCUGUUAAUUUAUAAUGAUAUUAGGGCAUGUGGGGACUCAAACUUAAAGCAGAAUUAAGUCCAAUGAAUGAGUUAAAGGCAAGAAAAACAAAGCCAGUAUAUGGUAAAUGUUGAAUAUGCAGAUCACUUAAAACUCCCAUGCAGUGAGAAGCUGCGACAUUCAUGUUCAAAUAAUAUUACUAAAGACUACAUAAGUUAGUGCAUCCCAUUAGAAUAUUAGAAGAGCUUCCAGCCAUCGAUAUUUUACAAAUUUUUAGUGCAUUGCUCUGUUUUUUUAACAAUAAGGUUCAUGCCUUCAGAUGUUCUAUAUGUGUUUAACAUCUAUUCUAUAUUUCAAAUUACUAAAAAUUAUAAAGAAAAUAUAAAAGAAAGAGCCUUUGAGACUGCUUGAACUACAAACUUCAUCUGUUAUGUGGUUCUGUUUUAGUGCAGUGACAUUUUAGUGCACAUGACAGUUGUGGUUCUGUUUUGUGCAUCAAAGUUGUGGUUCUUUUCUGUGCAUCUGUGUUGUGCAUCUGUUUUGUGCAUAUGAGUUGUGGUUUUGGGUUGGUUUGUCAAUUAUUUUGGUAUUGUUUAAAAUACACUACUACCAUGCCAUGGAAUUGUGGUUCUGAGUUGUGGUUCCGGUGCAUAAUAGUAGCUUUGGUAAUGAAAUUUGUACAAAAGUUAUUUAGUAGGAAAGUAGGAUUUCACAAACAUUUACCUGAUCAUGCAGCAGGUUAACCAAUCAAUCCACUUGGUGUUCUAAUAAAAAAUAGAAGUAUGAAUCUGUCAAGAUUGGAAAACCUUUUGUGCUAUUUUCACCUAAUUAUACUCGACCUUUCCACUUGCUGUGCCACCUCAUUUUCACAUGUGACCUGUGUCAAGCUACCAACUCCCUUAGUUUAUUCUAAUUUUUUUUACAGCAUAAGGUUCUUACAGGUUUGUUAAUGAUGGUUUGUUCUUAUUCUGUCUCAUGAGAUGUGAUUGUUAUGAUGUUUUUAUUUAUUUUUAAUAAAUAAGUCACUGUUAUAAUGUAUCCUUAGUUUAUAACAGUUUUUUUAUAAACAUCACUGUUAUGAUGUUUAAGAGCAUGAGAAUAUUGCUCCAACUCUGAGUGCAUCAGAUUUGUUUUAUUUUUGUUUUUGUAAAACUACCCAUUUCAUGUGUUGAGUGUGUAUUAAGGCUACACACUCUGCUCAACUGCAUGCUACCCAAUAGUUCAGUUGAGAUCAAGAAUGUGAGUGAGAUUGAACCAUCCUUGAAGAGACAACUUCUUAUAUCAACUGUCUUGAUGACUGUUGGUAUUGCCGUGGUCAAUUUCUUUGCUUUGCCAUCGGAAUUUACUCUUUAUGAUUUUGGGGCUGAGAAGGCUGUAAAGAAUUGGUAGGCUUCCCCCCUUCGUCUGUCCUUUGGCAAAUUCUUAUUGUUUCGCAAGAGGUUUCGAUUGAUUUAUUAAAAUAAAUUGAUUCAGGCACAUUGUCUUCUGUGUUGCCAUUGGCUUGUGGGCUGGACUUGCUAUUGGGUACACUACAGUAUAUUAUACCAGCAAUGCUUACAGUCCGGUGCGGGAUGUGGAAUUGCAGAAAUGGCUGGUAUGAGCCAUAAGAUACGGGAAAUUCACAGAUGCUUUAGAUGCUGCCGGAAAUACUACUGCUGCUAUUAGCAAGUAAAGCAAAAGAAGCAAUCUGAAGCGAGCAGUACCUACGGCGAAUCAUUGAGGAAGUCCAUUAUUGCACAUUCAAAAGAAAAGCAUACUGAAACAGCUUUUUCGAUUUCAGCCGAAGAAACAAUCAUCAUCUGCAGGGUUGAGCAACAAAGCAACAAAAGAAACAAUCUGCGACAAGCGAUAAUUUACGGCGAAUCACUGAGCAAGUUCAUUGUCUUUAGCAAGAAAAACAUAAAACAUAAAGCAACAGAAUCAAUCAGCAGAGAGCACCUACGGGCUACGACGAAUCAUUGAGCAAGUCGAUUAUUUCACAUUGAAAAAAAAAACAUACUAAAACAGAACAGAGACUUGUACUACUUCUCUACAAUAUGAGCAAGAAUACACUCUCCACUCAUAUUAAGGAAAAGCUUGAUGUUCUUCGAAUUGGUAAAGAGCGUUGUAUGUAUAAAGUGCAUGAGCUAUUACGUGAUGUAAACGAGAAGGCUUACAAGCCUACAUUGCUUGCCAUUGGUCCUUACCAUCAUAGCAAGGUUGGCCAGGGGUUUAUGGAAGGGCAUAAAUUGUGCCAUCUAAGACAAAUGCUUGAAAGAACGGAAGGAAGUAUAGAAACAUACAUCAUAGCCUUGAGAGAAUUGGAAGAAAGAGCUCGUAAUUGCUAUGUAGAAUGCAUUAGCCAAACCUCAGAUCAGUUUGUAGAAAUGAUGUUACUUGAUGGGUGUUUCAUUAUUGAGUUGUUUCGCAAGUAUGAAAUUUACAAGGAAACAGGAGGUCAGGAAUAUGACCCAAUCUUUCAAAAGGAGUGGAUGCUUCCUAGAAUAGCUCGUGAUCUGCUUAUAUUUGAAAAUCAACUUCCAUUCUUUGUUAUUGCUAAAUUGUUUGAUAUGAGUGAGAGUAACAAAUCCAGAAAUUUAGUCGAACACAUUGUUGAUAUUGAGGAGACAAAUGAAACUAGUGUUGAAAUUAGUCCGACACAACUUAAUGAUCUUGUCCUCAAUUUUUUCUUUGACACUUUACCAUUUAGAUGGAAUGUUGACACAUCAAGUUAUAAUUCAACCAAAAGGAUUAAUCAUCUACUUUGUCUGAUGCAUGAAACUCUCACCCGUUCACUUAUAGAAAUGGUAUAUGAACGUUUAGAGUUUGGGUUCAGAUUCAAGAACGCAAAGUUUGAGCAUCUCCUUGGUCUCAUACAUGCAACCAUUUGUAUUUCAAUACUGGAUACAGAAAUAGAUCAUGCCGAAGAAUGUCAAGAGGCAGUAGUCAAAUUCAAGAAGGCAGAGAUAUUUAAGCACGUAUUUGGCCUGAUUGGUAAAGUUGUCAUUCCAUUACUUGUAAAAAUGAAAAAAAUGAGGAAGGCAAUCUCGUAUGCUAGCACAUUUCAGAGGUCUGGAUCCCUAGUUAGCAUAACAGACAAACUGACGGAUUUGCAUGGUCUAAAAGAAAUUGAAGACUGGACAACCAUUCCGCUUAGCACGGAGCUUCUUGAGGCUCGAGUUGAAUUCAAUAUAGCAAAGAAAUUUCAGGGUAAAUUAAUUGAGUAUUGCCUCUGGAUACCAAUACCUUUUGCCAUUGAACUUCAAGGGGCUGGAAUUGAAAUCACCAAGGCAGAGAAAUUUAAGGAAAUAUAUGAUCGAAAUAGGAAUGAAGACGGGAAAUCAAAACAGUAUGAAACAGGGUCGGUUGGAGUCAAAUUAAAUGUGGUACAGAAAUUUAAACGUCUACCUUGUCUGAACAAGAUUGAAACUUGGAACUCAAUACCUUACGGCAAAGAGCUUCGUGAUGCAGGAGUCGAAUUCAACAAGGCAAAGAAAUUUAAGCAUCUACUUUCUCUUAGAGAGAUUGAAGACUCGAGCAUACAUAGUGCCACAGAACUUGAAGAGGCUGGAAUCAAAUUCAAGAAGGCUGAGGAAUCUAGCUUUUUUUCAUUAAAGUUCAACAAUGGGCUAAUGGAGAUUUCACCUUUGAGCAUACAAAAUGGUACAGAGACUUAUUUACGAAAUCUAAUUGCAUAUGAACAAUACUGUGAUCGACAAAAUGGCUCAAAUUAUGUCUACAACUAUGUGCGCUUCAUGGACCAUCUCAUUAACUCUCCAAAGGAUGUUAAAUUACUCCGUCAAAAAGGAAUUAUCAGUAAUUGUUUGGGUGAUGAUGAAAUUAUUUCCACUAUGGUUAACAAACUUGGUCACUAUAUCAGUUUUUCGACCAACAUUUAUGCUAGAACUUUCAAGAAUCUAAACAUGCAUUGCAAGAAACGCAGGAAUAUAUGGAUGGCAAAAUUAAGGCGUGAUUAUUUCAACAGUCCUUGGGCAUUGCUUUCAUUUCUUGGGGCUGUCUUAUUGCUUGCACUUGCAAUUGCACAAACUGUAUUUUCCAUUAUUCCUUAGGUUUUUCAUGUAGUCUUGAUGUAUGUUCUCAUAGUGGAUGUAAUAAAGA